AUGGACCCGUGUCAGUAUCAAGAAAUAGAAUGCAAUACUGCUCACAACGAAGACCGGAAGCAAGUAAUUAAAUCUGCGUUAAAACAGACUCUAAUAGCCAGUGUCAGCUGGACACACUUCUUCUUGGCCGGCUUGUGUGUCGGGUCACCGACAGUCAUAAUACCACAGUUGAGAAAAGAAGAAAACUCGACGAUCAUCAUCGAUGAUGAAAUGGGGUCAUGGCUGUAUUCUACGGGCGGCUUCGCAAUUUACCCGUGGAUAUUCAUUUUACCGCUUUUUACAAAACAGUACGGUCGAAAAAUCUCUCAAACGGUGACGUCAGUAGUCUCACUGACAAUUUUUAUUAUAUUGUACUUCAGUACAAACCCUUACCACAUACUAAUUUCCGAAGUAUUUCAAGGUUUUUUGUCUGGAGGAAACAUGACGAUAAGGAUUCUGAUACUCGCAGAGUACGCGUCAAUAAAGUACCGUGGAGCAUUCUUAGCUAUCAAAGCGGCUUCUUUCUUUUGGGGUAUAUGGUUUUCAAAUGCGAUUGGCACUUUUUUCUACUGGAAAAAUAUAGCUAUAUUUGGUAUUAUAUGUAGCCUGUAUACGUUUAUUUUUGUUUUCUGUCCGGAAUCGCCAUAUUGGCUGGCGAGUAAAGGCAGAAUUGAAGAAUGUAAAAAAUCGCAUCGAUGGCUGUAUGGUUGUAAUAAACGAACGGAAAAGGAAGUACAGGAAAUUAUAGAUUCUUAUAAAAGAAACGCUGAAAAAAUUGGUUUUAUUGAAAUGUGUAAAAGUAAAGAGUUCUACAAGCCUUUAAUUUUGUCUGUUUUGGCAGUUAUACAAUAUAAUUUUUCAGGGAAAGUUGUGUGUAGUUUGUAUAUUUUAGAUAUUUUUAAGAGUAUCACUCGUAAAGAAUCGACAGCAUACAUUGUAAUGCUCAUUUUAGAUGGCGUUACAGUUUUUGGAAUGUAUUUCGGUUCACUUUUGUCGCGGUUUUUGAAACGUCGGACGCUGUACUUUUGCUCUUCGUUCAUGGGUGUCAUUUUUCUAUUUAUUAUAUCAUUUUAUUUAUACUUAGUCAGAUUUUCUGUAGUAACCGAAAACAAUUAUGUGACUAUAGCUUUGUUAGUAAUUUACUCAAUGUCUCUAAGUUGCGGACCAUUGAUAUUAAGUGCCGCUAUUUACGGCGAACUGAUUCCUAUAAAAUUUCAAGCGACCUCCUACAUAUUUACAGGAUUGACAUUUACCAUAUGUUUUUCGAUGUUAUUGAAAUUAACGCCAGUUAUGUUCGCAUCGUUUGGUAUGCACGGUACUUUCCUGUUCUAUGGUGUAACAUGCGGCUUAUGUACCAUAUACUUAUACGUAAAUAUGCCAGAAACUAAAAAUAAAACUCACGAAGGGAUAGCGAUGUUUUUCAGAGGUGAAAAUAAUAAAUUAGAAGAAAUGAUAAGCCUCAAAUGAGUUCGUUAUGUUCUGCAUUAAAAUAGACAAUAUAGUGGUAAUAAGUAGUAGCAGUAGUAUUAAUUAUGUAUAUGCUUAAGUUUGAUAAAAAAAGACGAUUCAAAACAAUAAA